AGCAAUCGCUCUAUUCGCUAUUCAAAAUGGCGACCGUGUGGCGUUCACAGUGCGCGUUUGCACGUUUUUUUGUCGGAAAAACCGGGCGGAUCCUGAACAACGCUGCAGAUUUGGGUAUAAAACUUACACCGGAGUCAAUAUUGGUACCUACAACAAGGAAUUAUUCUAACUAUUCACAUUCACCAUUGGUCAAAAAAAUCAAAGAACAGUAUGAUUUUGAAAUAGACAAGAAUGCUCCUGAAUGGACAUAUGUAGAACGUCUGUUACCAUUUGAAACCAUUCCCCCAGUACAACCAAAAGAAAGUUAUCCAUCUGGUUGGAUUCCACCAAAAGAAGAAGCGAAAGAUCUACCUUAUUUUAUGCCGAGAACUAAAAAUCAUGAGUUGCCAAUAUAUCUGGUUAAUACCCACAAAGGACAACGAAAAGUAUCAAUGUUGAGAAAGAUAGAAGGUGACAUUUGGUUAAUGAACGAUUUAAUCAAAGAGCACUUACAAACAAAUUUCAACCGCUACGUAGAAACCAGAGUGCAUGAAUUAGGUAGAUUUAUUGAAGUAAAAGGAGAUUUUGUAAAUUCAUUACGAGAAUGGGCUUACUCUAAAGGUUUCUAAAUAACUAUAAAUGUAGAUUGUUAAAAAUAAAUUUUUAAUAGAGAA